AUGGCUGAUGAAGCCAAGAACGGAUUCUCUCGUACGUGCUCCCAAACGUUAUCGUCAUCGAUGUCGAAGUCCGUAGAGCUCAUCAUUGAUACGCAGCCGUUGGUUCAAGCCCUCGAGAUUCUCGGGGUGCUGACCAACUGCGCUGGUGUACAAUACGCCGUUGGAGGCAUUGUUCAUGGUGGUGAGUGCGAUGAUGAUACUUGGAGGAAGUGUCGCGCCAGGCUGAGUCGCUUAGUAGGCAUUGAAUUCGUUUCGUUCAACAAGCCUUCUCAAGCACCUCUUGACGUUCUCGUCGAGACUCGAUAG